UCGCCCGCCCGCCGGCGACGCCGCCGCCCGCACGCAGCCACCAGAAGCGGAGGAGAAGAAAUAAGAACCCACAGUAGAAUAAAAAGCAAACGCCAGAAAGAAUAAUAUCCGGAGCACGAGGCCAACGAGGAGGGAGGAGGAGGAGGAAGAACAGCGACCGGCCACGACCGCACCGCCGGCGAGCUCGCUCCCGAGUUUCCAGCGAAAGUAUCCGAAGAUCCUUGCUAGUUUCCAGGGACGUUCUAGCCCAUUAAGCAAGAUUCUUCAAGGUGAUGGUUCAGUCUCAACCCUGCUGACCUCCAUGUCCGGGGCCCCACGCUCCAACCUUGGACUUGUUCCCAGGGACAUGAAUGGUAGCCUUCCAGUUAGUACUACAAAUUCCUCUGGGCCAAGCAUUGGUGUUAGCUCUUUGGUGACCGAUGGCAACUCAUCACUUUCUGGAGGCGCCCAGUUUCAGCAAAGUACGAGCAUGAAUGCUGAUUCAUUCAUGCGCCUUCCUGCCUCUCCGAUGUCGUUUUCGUCCAACAACAUUUCUGGCUCUUCAGUCAUUGAUGGCUCCAUCAUGCAGCAAAGUCCACCCCAAGAGCAGAUGCAGAAGCGGAGAGCAUCUAGUGUAACAUCACAACCUGUGAUUGAUGCUGCCGCUGCAUUUCAUGCUCAAAAGAAGCCAAGAGUUGAUAUUCGGCAAGAUGAUAUCUUGCAACAACAGUUGAUUCAACAGCUGCUCCAAGGUCAGAGUUCUCUUCAUUUCCAGGGCCAACACAACCCACAGCUUCAAGCCUUGAUCCGGCAGCACAAACUGGCACAAAUUCAGCAACAACAGCAGCAUCAAUUAUCGCAACAAUUUCCUCAGCAUCAACAUUCUCAAGUUGGCAUACCUCGGCAGCCACAGUUGAGGCUGCCGCUAGCACAGCCUGGAAUUCAGCUAGCUGGACCUGUUAGGACUCCUGUCGAGAGUGGGCUUUGUUCUCGAAGGUUAAUGCAGUAUUUGUAUCACAAGCGUUACCGGCCAGAUAAUAAUCCCAUAACAUACUGGAGGAAGCUCAUUGAUGAAUAUUUUGCACCACGAUCAAGAGAGAGAUGGUGUGUGUCAUCAUAUGAAAAACCAGGAAAUACCUCAGCUGCUAUUCCACAGACAUCCCCGGGUACAUGGCGUUGUGAUAUUUGUAAUACACAUUCGGGGAAAGGAUAUGAGGCUACCUCUGAAAUACUUCCUAGACUCUGUCAAAUUAGAUUUGACCAUGGUGUUAAGGAUGAAUAUCUAUUCCUUGACAUGCCGAACGAGUUCCGGUUGCCCAACGGACUGCUGCUCCUGGAGCAUACUAAAGUUGUUCAGAAGAGCAUCUACGACCACCAACAUGUCACACACGAGGGACAACUGAGAAUAAUAUUCACUCCAGAACUAAAGAUUAUGUCCUGGGAGUUUUGUUCACGGAAACAUGACGAGUAUGUCACUCGCAAGUUUCUAACAGAGCAGGUUACACAUAUGCUGCGUGCUACCCAGAGUUAUCAAGCUACUGUCACUAAAAAUGGACCUGCUGGCCUAUCAAACGAUGAGGCACAAAAGGCUUGCAACGAGUUUGCAUCAGCAUCACGUCAACUAGCGAAAAAUAUUGAUCACCACAGCCUAAAUGAACAUGGUCUUUCUAAAAGAUAUGUUCGCUGUUUGCAGAUAUCAGAGGUGGUGAAUCACAUGAAGGAUCUAAUUGAGUUCAGCCACAAGAACAAGCUCGGCCCUAUAGAGGGCCUGAAGAACUAUCCCAAGCAAACUGCUGGACCAAAGCUCACGGUGCAGAAUUUGCAUGACUCAAAGGCAGUCAAAACAGAAAUGAGCCCCCAUGUGAAUAACGAGGUUCCAGGUGUUGGAGCAAUUAGUAAUAAUCCGCAGAAUCCUGCAGCACAAAGCAAUUACCAACAUAUGCUGAGAAGCUCAAGUGCAAAUCAGGGUUUGCUGCAGCAGGAGGCAUCACAGAAUGCUGCGGCAAUGAACAGUUACCAGAAUAUGUUCAGAAGCUCAAGCGCAAAUCAGGGUUUGCUCCAGCAGGAGGCAUCUCAGAAUGCUGCCGCGCUAAAUAAUUACCAGAAUAUGCUUAGAGGCUCGAGCCCAAAUCAAAGUUUGCUUCAGCAGGAGGCAUCGAGUAUCUUCAAAGGUCCUACAGCAGUGCACAGUGGCAUUCAGCUGGAAGCAUCUAGAUCGUUCCGUGCGUCUCAGCUUGGGCAAUUCCAGCAUCCCAUGUCAUUCCAGCAAGGUAUGCCCCAGCACCAGCAUAACAAUUUCCAAGGCCUGGGUGCUAGUCCACAAUUCCAGCAGCAUGUGAUCAAUCAGCUGCUGCAAGAAGCCAAGAAUACCAAUAGCCGCGCUCUUGCUCAUCAGCAUCAGCAGCAGCAGCAGCAGCAACACCAUCAACAGCAGCAGCACCAGCAACACCAUCAGCAGCAGCAGCAGCAGCAGCAGCAGCAACACCAGCAGCAGCAGCAGCAGCAGCAGCAGCAGCAACAUCAACAGCAGCAGCAGCCUCAGCAGCAGUCUCCUAGCACUCCCAAUGCAAAUGGUGGUCUCGCAUCCGGAGCCGCGGUCACCAACAGCGCUGCUAGCGCAGAGCAGGCACAGCACAUGAAUAACAGCACAGCAAAGGGCGCCGCUCCGAUGGGUAUGGCGGGGCCUAGUAAUCUGAUCAACAGCGGAGCUGGCCUGGUCCAGCGAAGCAGCAGUUUCAAGUCAGUGAGCAGCAACCCGGCCGCUUCUGGCGGCAAUGCGGUGGCGACCCCAAAGGCAGAGUCUGUGCACGACAUGGACGACCUGGAACAUCUCAUCUCCCAUGAACUCGUGGAGAGCGGGUUGUUCAUGGGGGAGCAGCCGGGAGACGGCGGCUUCUCGUGGAACAUCUGACAUCAUUGUCAGCUAGAGUCUCGCUAUUCUGAGAGCUGUGCUUGAUGGUGAUAUCGCGGUAGAUUAUUAAAAGUUUUUCUUCUUUUUUCGAGCUCUUUUUCGCUGCCUGGAACAGUCUCUGGUGAUCAUAGAUUGGUGAACCUUCGGUUAUGUGAGAGUGAGUUGGUUUGGAUAGCAGUGCAACCCAGUGUUAUUAACUAGUAUGGAAUGACAUGCUGUGGUUGUCAUU